CAUCUCCAUGGCUUUCGCCAACAUUCUCGUAACCCUUUGUCUGCCUCUAAUAGGCGCCGUCGCGUACGGCCUCUAUGUGCUCUAUGACCAUCGCUCCAGGAUCAACAGGCUCCGCAAACAAGGCAUUCCCAUGCCCAAAGGAUGGAACUGGUUAACGGGCCACAUGCUCGUGCUCUCGGACUAUGUCAAUCGCCUUCCAUCCGACGCCAACGUCACGCUCGCGACGCGCGAACUGGCGUCCGAAUACACCGACACGGAGAUCUUCCUGCUAGAUGUCUGGCCGGUGUCACCAGCGCAGUACAUGGUGUUCUACCCAGAGGCCGCGUCUCAAGCGACCACCAGACUUAAUCUGCCCAAAACCGUCAUCCAGCCCCGCUUCAUGCAGCCGAUCACGGGCGGGCCGAGCAUGAUAUCCAUGGCUCCGGCGGAAUGGAAGGCGUGGAGGUCAAUCUUUAACCCUGGUUUCAGUGCCGGAAGCAUGCAGGAUCUACUGCCGGAAGUCAUCAACUCGGUUCAAGUCUUCUGCGAUAAGCUGCAUGAGAAAGCGAGUUCCGGACAAUUAUUCUGUCUGGAUGAUCUGACCACGCGAUUGACCAUGGACGUGAUCCUCAAAGUCACCCUCGACGCGGACCUGGAUCAUCAGAACUCGGACAACCUCCUCGCGACCGCCCUGGGCCACAUCACCAGAUGGCAUUCGUUCUGGGAUCCCCGUGUUCGCGCAAACCCCAUCCGGCCCAUCGUGCAAUGGUACUACGGUCGCGUCAUGAAUAAGUCCAUUCGCGAGGAACUGGAUCGGCGAUUCUCCGAGAUGAAGAAGGGUGUUCAUGCCGGCCCCAAACGCGCCAAAUCCAUCAUCGCACUGGCCUUGGAGGCAUAUCUGGAAACCAAGAAUGAAAAGAUCUCGGAGGCGACCAAAUUGGACGACCACUUCGCAGAGUACGUGACGUAUCAGAUUCGGCUGUUUCUUUUUGCCGGAAAUGAUACCACGUCUAGCAGUAUCGUCUACGUGUAUCAUUUGCUGUCGAAACACCCCGAAGCCUUGACUCAGGUUCGCCAAGAGCAUGAUGCUGUGCUUGGAGACAAUCCCUCGGCUGCAUCACAGCUACUCCGCGAACGACCGGCUUUACUCAACCAAUGCGCAUACACAAUGGCCGUCAUCAAAGAAACCCUGCGACUCUAUCCCCCCGCCGGAACUAUGCGUCAAGGCCGAGACGGCCUUUCUUUAACAGACAGACACGGAAACAUGUACCCGUUGGCAGAUGAUCUCAGUAUAACUAUCUUGCAUCCGUCCAUUCAACAGAACCCACGAGUAUGGCCCCGAGCGGACGAGUUUCUCCCCGAGCGGUGGCUGGUGGAGGCAGGCCACGAGCUCUACCCUGAUCCGGCCGCGUAUCGGCCUUUCGAGCAAGGUCCGCGCAAUUGCAUCGGCCAAACGCUUGUCUAUAAUGAGAUGCGAGUGGUUCUGGUGAUGACUGCCCGGCGGUUCGAGAUCAGACCGGCCUAUGAUGAGUGGGACGCGAUGAAUCCUCAAACAGAUGGUUUUGUGGCAAGAUUGGCUCGCUCCGCGGGGCUUCGGGGUGGAAAUCCUGGGUUGAAGACGGUGGAUGGAGAGAGGGCGUACCAGACUGAGAAGGCCGGCACGCAUCCUGCUGAUGGGUAUCCAUGUCGUGCUACUCUGGUAGCGUAACGGCUAUGAAGGCCUUUUUUUUAGGAAAGAAAGAAAGAAGCUUUCUAAAUUUUCAUUAAGGAUGCAGGUUUGAAUACCAGGCGGCGAAUACUGUAAAUCGUCAAAGCUUGCCCCGAAAUUACUGACUGAACAGUUGGCG